AACUCCUCUCCAAUCGCCAUCUGCCCAUCCUCAUCACCUCAAGCUCAAUCCUAUUCAAAACUCCCUUCUGAUAGGUUUUGACUUGCUGCUAGAGUUACACGUCUAUUUCCCUCUUCCCUCCCCGUUUCUCCUAGGAACAAUUCCAACCUAAAAACUUCUCAGGUUUCCUUUUCUCUCGUUCUAUUCUGGACUGCAAAUUUUGAGGAAAUUUCAGUCUUUAAUUUCCUUUCACUUUCUUUCGUUUCUAGAAACAAAAAAAAUCCAAUUCAUAGACAAACUCGGAAAACGAAGAGAAAAUGUCAGGAGGGGUUGGUCCAACCUGUAAUGACAUUAGCCUGCCAAAUGAUGAAGUACACCAAGAAAACUCCCACCCCAAUCCUCGUAAACCCGUUCCAGAUCCUGCCAAUCCAUCGAAGACCCGUUUUCUCACCCUUCGACAACUCAAUUGUCUUGCUGUUAUGAUCAUCACUGCUGCAAGUGGCAUGGUGAGUCCUGAAGACUUCGCUUUUGUAUUUUUUUCUGUCAUCUACAUGUACUUGCUUUUAAAAGUUGCCUUCCCUCGGAAAAUUCCUCCCAAAGAUUCUUUGGUUUUUGAUCCAAGAAACAAGAUUCUUCGCUUGUAUGUCACCAUCGGUGCUAUCAUUGGCCUCUAUCUCCCUUUGGCUUACAUCUUUGAAGGGAUUCUUGAGGGUGAUAAAGAAGGAAUAAAGGCAGCAGCACCGCAUGUUUUUCUUCUGGCUAGUCAAGUUUUCAUGGAAGGAGUGGCCUUCUCAGACAGGUUUUCAAUUCCAGUUCGUGUUUAUAUUCCGGUGUUUUACAAUACGCGGAGGAUUUUUACCCUCGUGGACUGGCUUAAGUCCGAGUUUUCAAAGGUGGAUCACGAGUAUGCAGGAUCUGCCAAGAGACUGUACGUUGGAAGGGUCCUUGCUGUGGUUAAUAUGGCGUUUUGGUGCUUCAAUCUAUUUGGUUUCUUGUUGCCUGUUUAUCUACCCAAAGCUUUUAAGAUGUAUUACUCUGAAUUUAAGGUGAAAGAUUGAACCGAUCUUAGGUGCUUUCUUUCCUUACCCGUUUAGCCUUUACUCUUAAGCUUGGCACCCAAAGAAGGGAACAGAGAUGAAAGGUUAUACUUUCUUCCCUUCCCACUAGGUUAAUGUGGUCUGGUUUGUGUAAAUUUGAUUUCAUGAUUGAGGUUUCAAACUUUUCUUUUUCUGUUUUUGCCUUUUAUGUCUUUUUACCCCACCAUUGUCUUCAUAAUCUGGCAUAAGGAUUUUCGUU